GCCUCCCUGCCUGCUUCGGGCAGUCUUGAAUGCCUGAUUCUCCAAGCUCCUUGCCUGUCUGACACAGCAGGGACCAUGUCUACCUUUGGCUAUAGAAGAGGACUCAGUAAAUAUGAAUCCAUUGAUGAGGACGAGCUCCUCGCCUCCCUGUCUGCAGAGGAGCUGAAGGAGCUGGAGCGAGAGUUGGAAGACAUUGAACCUGAUCGCAACCUCCCCGUGGGGCUGAGGCAAAAGAGUCUCACGGAGAAAACCCCCACGGGGACCUUCAGCAGAGAAGCGCUGAUGGCCUAUUGGGAAAAGGAGUCCCAAAAACUCCUGGAGAAGGAGAGGCUGGGGGAGUGUGGAAAGGUUGCAGACGAAGAAGAGAAAGAGGAGAGUGAGGAAGAGCUUAUCUUUACUGAAACGAACAGUGAGGUUUCUGAGGAGGUGUACACAGAAGAGGACGAGGCGCAGGACGAGUCCCAGGAGGAAGAAGACAGCGACCAAGAGGAAGGAGCAGUUGAAACAGCAGGAGGUAUUAAUGGAAGUGUGAAUUACGAGGGUGUCAAUUCUGACAACUGUAAGCCAAAGACAUUUAAAAGCCAAAUCGAGAACAUAAAUUUGACCAAUGGCAACAGCGGGAGGAACACAGAGUCACCAGCUGCCAUUCACCCUUGUGGAAAUCCCACGGUUAUUGAGGACGCUUUGGACAAGAUUAAAAGCAACGACCCGGACACCACCGAAGUCAAUCUGAACAAUAUUGAGAACAUCACAACACAGACCCUCUCCCGCUUUGCUGAAGCCCUCAAGGACAACACGGUGGUGAAGACGUUCAGUCUGGCCAACACGCGGGCUGACGACAGUGCCGCCAUGGCCAUCGCCGAGAUGCUCAGGGUCAACCAGCACAUCACCAGCGUCAACGUCGAGUCCAACUUCAUUACGGGCAAGGGCAUCCUGGCCAUCAUGAGGGCUCUGCAGCACAACACGGUGCUCACGGAGCUGCGCUUCCACAACCAGCGGCACAUCAUGGGCAGCCAGGUGGAGAUGGAGAUCGUCAAGUUGCUGAGGGACAACACCACGCUGCUGAGGCUGGGCUACCACUUCGAGCUCCCGGGACCCAGGAUGAGCAUGACGAGCAUUUUGACAAGAAACAUGGACAAACAGAGGCAGAAGCGGAUGCAGGAGCAAAAGCAGCAAGAGGGAUACGACGGAGGCUCGGCUCUGAGGACCAAGGUCUGGCAGAGAGGAACGCCCGGCUCUUCACCCUACGCGUCUCCCAGGCACUCCCCCUGGUCGUCCCCCAAACUCCCCAGGAAAGUCCAGACUGUGCGGAGCCAUCCUCCCUCUCCUGUGCCCACACCCCCGCCGCCGCCGCCUCCCCCCCUUCCUCCCCAGAGUCUCCAAGUGCCACCUCCUCCCCCGGCCCCUCCACUCCCCGAGAAAAAGCUCGUCACCCGCAACAUCGCAGAAGUCAUUAAGCAGCAGGAGACGGCCCAGCGGGCGCUCCGCAAUGGACAGAGAAAGAAGAAGGGCAAGAAGGUUAAGAAACAGCCCAACAAUAUCCUAAAGGAAAUAAAAAAUUCUCUGAGGUCAGUGCAAGAGAAGAAAACAGAAGACAGUUCCCGACCUUCCACCCCGCAGAGAUCAGCUCAUGACAAUCUCAUGGAAGCGAUUCGGGGCAGCAGCAUCAGACAGCUGAGGCGGGUGGAAGUUCCGGAAGCCCUGCGGUAA